GGACACUAUCCUCACUUAAGAAAGGAAAAAAAUAUUGAAUAAGAAAAGGAAGAAUCGGGUAUAGGGGGCUUCUCGCCGUUUGGGUCAGGUAAGGCUCCCGAUUGGCAUCCAGAAGUUCCCAGAGGAGACUCUGGUGCGCACAUGGUUCCACAAAUGAGCUCCUCUAUCUGCUGACAGGCGCGCACCCCGCAAUCAAAAUCUGGAUAACGACACCUUUAACUUUUUAACUCUAUAACUCAAAACAAAAUAACAAGCUCUUCAAUCUGGAGUAAGGAUUUAUCUCUCCUUACCCUUCUUCACCGGAGGGGCAAAAAGACAGAAGCCAUGCUGGGUUUAAGGAGGAUUCCUGGCCUGCGCGCAGCUCGGAUUCAGCGCGCUGCUUCCUCAGGAGCUGGACUCUCAUGUCGGAACCAAGGUGCCAAUUCAAGGAUGUACUGUGCGUGUCUAUUACUGCUGCUGCUCGUGACCCCACGCGUGGAUUCUUCAUGGUGGUACAUUGGUGCUCUUGGGGCUCGUGUAAUCUGUGACAACAUCCCAGGCCUGGUAAACAAACAGCGGCAGCUCUGCCAGCGCCACCCAGACAUCAUGCAGGCCAUCGGAGAGGGCACCAAGGAGUGGAUCAGAGAGUGUCAACAUCAGUUCAGACACCAUCGAUGGAACUGCAGCACCCUGGAACGCGAUCACACCGUCUUUGGACGUGUCCUGCUCCGGAGCAGUCGUGAAGCAGCUUUUGUCUACGCCAUCUCCUCAGCAGGAGUUGUGUACGCGCUGACUCGUGCCUGCAGCCAGGGGGAACUGAAGUCGUGUAACUGCGACCCUCAAAAACGAGGACGUGCUCAUGAUGAAAAAGGUGAAUUUGACUGGGGUGGCUGCAGCGAUAACGUCAACUAUGGAAUAAAAUUUGCCAAAGACUUCAUUGAUUCCAAAGAGAGAACUGUCAGGGACGCUCGGGCACUCAUGAACCUUCACAACAACCGCUGCGGCAGAACAGCAGUGAAGCGCUUCAUGAACAUGGAGUGUAAAUGCCACGGUGUGAGUGGCUCCUGCACUCUGCGGACAUGCUGGAUGGCCUUGUCAGACUUCAGGAAGACCGGCGACUAUCUGCGGAGGAAGUAUAAUGGGGCGGUUGAGGUGACGAUGAAUCAGGAUGGGACAGGUUUUGCUGUAGCCAACAAAGCCUUCAGGAAGGCCACCAAGAACGACUUGGUGUACUUCGAGAACUCUCCGGAUUAUUGCCUCCAAGACAAAGCAGCAGGUUCUUUAGGCACUGCUGGGAGGAUCUGCAACAAGACAUCCCGGGGCACGGACGGAUGUGAGGUCAUGUGCUGUGGGAGAGGAUACGACACCACCAGAGUCAUGCAAAUCACUAAGUGUGAGUGCAAGUUCAAAUGGUGCUGCGCAGUGGAGUGCAAGGACUGCGAGGAGGCUGUGGACAUACACACGUGCAAGGCCCCAAAACGAGCUGAGUGGUUGGACAAAACCUGAGGAGCCAUUGUCCUUGUUUACCAUCAAAUGCUGCCCCCCCCAAUAGCCCUUUGCAGGACACGGUAUGGAACGUGGCAUUCUGGGAAAGUCUGAGCAAGAGUGAUCUGCAUCUCUGCCCCCAACCUUGUUUCAUCAUUGCAUGGCUUUUUUUUUUUUGUUGUCCCCGUCUGUGAAAGCACUAGAAUAUCCAUCAUAUUGAUUCAACACACGUACCCUCCUGUUUGUGAAUGUGAUUAAGCUGAUGGAGUAAACUGAACUGUAACAGUCAAGAAUAGCAAUUUAAUCACAUUUUGAUCCACAUAUCCAUUUUUGCUUGUGUGUCAUACUACAUUUGAAAUGGUUUGCUGCUUUUGUGAUACGUUAAAAACAGAUGUUACUUGAGCCUUUUAACAUAUCCAGUAUUAUUAACAGCAUCGUAUCAUAUACUCACAUACCUUUGCUUUGUUUUGUUUAUUUUUUUGUGUUUUUUUUUGUCUUUUUGGGGGAGGAUGCUAAACUUCAAUCUAUUUAGGAAAAAAGGAAAAAUCAUGCUUGGUUUGACUGUGAACAGUACAUUCUAAAGUGCAAUUCAAGAUGUGUUUUUUAAAACAUGUAUUAUGCAACGCAUGGCCAAACAAGUGUCCAGAGAGAGAGGACUGAUUGAAAGGACAACACAUGAAUUUAAGAUAAUGGACAAAUGCAUCACUGGAGCAUAGAAUGACACUGUUUAAAGGAGACAAAAACUUUAAGUGGAUUAUUUAAAUUGUAAAGUGUUGUUUCAUUCCUCAUCUGCUGAUGAGACUGCACUACUUUGGAUGAUGCAAGGAGGGAGAAGAGCACUUGCAUUACUGUGAUUAUACAGUGAGUUUUAGUUUUUUGUGUGAUUAUAAAAAUGUGCUGCUGAGAAGAAGACAAAGAAAACUGAGGCCUUGGUGGGUCACCCUUCAACCACGACAUCCACAGGUUUCACCUCUCUGCUUUCAAGCUUGCUUGUAUAACAUUUUGUAUACUGCGCUAUCUAAAAAGAUGUUCCUAUAAAGUAUAUGCUGAAUUGGUUUGCUGCUGAUUUUUAAAUCACAUUCGCGUAAAUGAUAGUAGGUAGAGUGAAAUGACCUUUACCAAACAGUACAAAGAGCAUUUUUGUAUUUCAAAGCGAAGAAUAAGCAGUGUUUCUGAAAUGACAGAAUAUGACAAUAGAGUACUAAUAAUAUAAAGUAUAGUACUAUGCAAAUGCUUUAAAUUAGCCCUUUCUGUUUCCCAAUAUGACUUCAAGAUGCUGAGGCUUCUUUUAACAUUAGAAGUAGUAUUGAUAAAUGCUUUGUUUAAAGUUUCCAUGUCUUUAGUCCAGUACAGUGGUCUUCCCCCCUGGUCUAUAGGCUUUAGGUGUUUCAGAUCUGUAUCUGCCCCAAACGCACCCAAAUCAAAUGCUUGCCGACACCAAAGGCUGAAGAAGCUUCUUAAUUACCCAUAUAUUUAGACCAGGUAUGUGGAGGCAGGGAAACUAAAACAUACAGGACAGUGGCUCCAGAUAUUUCAGCAAAUACCAAUGAAUGUUAAAUGAUAGAAGAAAGUCAUCUACCUUCAAUUUAUCUAUUGUGUCCUAAAUGUUCAUUUAACAGCCUAUUUUGAGUUCUAAACGAAGGUGUGAAGAUUUUUUCCCCCGUGGCCCAUCAUACUAUUUUACUGCUAAACUGUGAAGAUAAACAGCUUUAUGUAAAUAAUUGUGCAACAUUGCAAUUUGCAUUCAUCCUAAAAUGUGGCAUAUAUAAUUUGAUGAUAAGCUUUAACAAACCAUUUUUUCUAGUAUUUGUUAAAGGUGCCCAGUCAAAUACCACUGUAUGACUAUACCAAAAAACUACACCCGUAUGUUCAUGUUGAAAUAAAGCAAUAUAUGGCAAUUAUCCUUCUUGAUAGUUUUUACUUAGUCCUUGUUGGCCAUGAAAAUAACUUUUGCACUGGGCUCAAUCACCAGACAUAAAUAUUGUUGUAAACUGCUGCUGUCGGCUGACUGUAGACAUCCAUCAACUUUCCAGCCUUAUCAGCUUAGGUUCUCAUCUCACUGAAGACCUACAUUCAUAUUGUAUUCCCAGCACUGAUCCUGUCUUAUCCCUUUUAGCAUCAAGAGGAAUAAGAUGCUUUUUUAAUCUUUGGACUUUCUUUGGAAUCUUGGACUUUUUCUUUUUUAUUUUACACCUCCGUUUGAAGUUGCUGAGCAAACUUACUUUGUUGGCUAGCAAUAUCGUCCCUCCAGUCAUGUUAUCUUUUCAUUCCAAAUACUCAAAGUGGUUGUUGACAAUCUUAAGCCUUUUCACAAGAUAAACCCCAAUUGUUUUAUUAUUUAGAUAUAGAAAAUAAAGGUUGUUGUCAUUGCAUAUUUUUAUAAAAAA